UUGAAAUUCCACCAAUGAAGGUUAAGGGUGUGGAAAGGGGCUCGGGACACUGAUCUCCGGUCAGUUUAUCUCAAAGUACUGAGCUACGCACUUUGCUAACGACGUAAAUGGAUAAACAUAGACGGCUAGGCUUUAGCUAGCAUACAAAGAGUUGCUCCAUACUGCUAUUGUAAUGGUUGCCAAGUUGAAAACUAUUAUCAUUACCCCCACAAGUCCUUCGGAGCUGCCUAAACGGCCAGUUGUUGCUGUUUGGGAUAGCGGCGCCCCGCGGCUUUGAUCCAGACCGCCAGACGUCCAUCAUAAUCCGCAGUGUCAACAUCUCCAUUCAACUCCUUGUGGUGCGGGUUACUCUGUAAGCGAGCCACGCUAUGCAAGCGAACACAACGCGGGGCUUCUUGUGGUCGGACGUGGAGACGAGGACCUUGUUGAACAUCUGGGGGGAGCAGGACAUCCAGACGGCGCUGGAUGGAAACUUCCGCAACAGCUUCGUGUACCGCGACGUCUCCCGUAGGCUGGGGGCGAUGGGCUUUGAGAGGACGCCGGAGCAGUGCAGGGUGCGGAUCAAAAGCCUCAAGAGACAGUACUUGUUGGCAAAGGAAGGGAAUCUGCGGAACAACGGACAGUACCACAAGAUUUGCAAGUUUUAUGACACCAUGGAGAGGAUUUUGAGCAACCGGCCCGCUCUUGACCCUCAGGAGUUCAUAGACAGCGGGGCGGGAGGAGAGGAGGCCGUGGAUGGCCUGGAGGAGGAUGGAGAAGAUGCUCAGGAUGCAUACUCUGAGGGCACAGGGGAGUGUCCCUAUCCUGCAGAGACUGAAGUCAAGUUGGAGUACCCAACUGUUCCCAUCCCUAUUCCAGUGAAAGUGACAGUGGGCAAUAACAGCUCUUCAGUAAGACCGCAUAACAGCAGCCAAUCAGCCAGUAAUCUGCCAGCCAGAACGCCUAAACGGCCGAGGAAGCGGCGUGCUAACUUCCCCAUGGAGAAACUAAUGGAGCAGUUUCUGGAGCAGAGCGCCCAGGCUGAGGAAAGCUUCUACCGGAUGGAAGAGCAGCGACUGCAGGCAGAAGACCGCCGCAGGGAAGCCGAGCACGCCAGGGAGCUGCACAUGCUUCAGAUGCUCGGCCAGAUGUUCUCCAGCAUCUCCUCCGCCAGACCCGCCUCUGCAUCCACUCCCUCCAAAACUGCUCCUCCUGCCCGCGCUCCCGUGUUCUCCAGUGCCUCCCCGUCAUGUACACGUGGCCAGUCCAGUCAUCUCAGACGCCCUUCACCCCAGACAGACUGUUGCAUGCAACAAAGUCAACUGUUGAACCCAGAUCCUCAGGCAUUAGUGUUUGAACGCUACUACAGUUUGGGGUCUACAUCACACAGAGGCAUGGAUGAUGACAUCCUCGCACUGGCAAAGAGCAUAGUCCCUCCUCUGACAUCCAAAAAGCACAAGGGACAAGACGGACGUAUUGGGAUCAUUGGAGGAUGCCAAGACUAUACUGGAGCUCCAUACUUUGCAGCCAUCUCAGCACUGAAAGUGGGGGCUGACUUGUCUCAUGUGUUUUGCACCAAAGAUGCUGCAACUGUAAUCAAAUCAUACAGCCCUGAGCUCAUAGUUCAUCCUGUUCUGGACAGUCCUAAUGCAGUGGAAGAGAUAGAAAAAUGGCUCCCAAGACUUCACAGCCUUGUGGUGGGACCAGGUCUAGGGAGAGAAGACGUAUUACUGAAGACAGCCAAGGAGGUGAUAGAGAAGUCUAAAGCCAGAGAUAUUCCUAUUGUCAUUGAUGCAGACGGAUUAUGGCUAGUUACACAGCAACCAGCUGUUAUUCAAGGGUACCAGAAGGGCAUCCUCACACCUAACUUUAUGGAGUUCACCCGUCUGUAUGAGGCACUGCACCAUGAACCUAUGGACAGCAGCGAUCAUCAUCGCAGCGUGAUGCAGCUCAGUGGAGCCAUGGGCAACAUCACUGUGGUGCUAAAAGGAGAACAGGAUCUCAUUACAGACGGCAGUAAGGUGAUCUCAUGCAGUUUGGAGGGCAGUGGGAGAAGAUGUGGUGGACAGGGUGAUCUACUGUCUGGAUCUAUGGGCGUUUUGGCACACUGGGCCCAUGCUGCCUCUGCAGCAGGAAUGGGCAGAAGUAUGAAUCCAUCAGUGGUUGCAGCAUUCGGGGCCUGUUCUCUUACAAGACAGUGCAACAGUCAAGCAUUCCAGCGACACGGCAGGUCCACCACCACAACGGACAUGAUCCAGGAAAUUGGCUCAGCCUUCAAAAAGUUAUUUGAAAGCUGAAAACGGCAAACUGAAAUCAAAAUUGUUGUUUCAAAUGUUAUACAUACAUACAUAUUCAAUUUUGCAUUGUAAAUCCUAAUAUAGCCUAAGGGCGGACUUGUGAAAAGUGUUCUUAUCACACUGAAUUUGAACAAAGGUUUGAAAGGUGUUGACUAUCCUUUUUAGAGACAGCACUCAAAAUAUUUAGAGAAAAAUAAAUACACACUGACUGUUGUUUGAGGUGUAUUAAAUGAACCUUGUUCCAAGAAA